CUCACGGACCCUUUUCUGAAGUGCACCCAUGUGUUGUGUUGUGAGAGGUUGGAAAACUCUUCGUUUCUUCUGUACAGUUUGUUAACACACCAAAUUAAUUUGACAGGCAGAGACGCUCCGCUCUGAUAUGUCCGGAGAUAGCGGCCUGUCCUCGGCGGAGGUAGCUCUGGGCUUCCUGGAGGAGGCGGAGCCGUGGCGGCUUCUGUCCCCGCAGUUCCCCAGUAAAGUCGGGGGUAAACCGGCGUGGCUCAGCCAGACAGGCCUGCCCUCACUGCCCGGGCUGGAGUGUGAGAUAUGCCGCCUACCUAUGGCCUUCCUGCUGCAGGUGUACGCACCCAUUUCUGGUCAGGACAGAAGUUUCCACAGGACGCUCUUUCUGUUCUGCUGUAAAACCCACGAGUGCUAUACAUGCAAUGACAGCCGCUGUAUGAAAGUUAUCAGAAGCCAGCUACCGAGGAGGAAUGAGUUCUACCCCUACGAACCUCCAGCAGAGGAUGAACCACCCAGCGAUCCUGAACCGGACCACAGUGUGUCGUCUGUCUCUGGAGUUAAACUAUGCUGGGUGUGCGGUUGUCCGGGCAACAAAGCCUGCUCCCGCUGUCACACCGUAACCUACUGUGGAAAACACCACCAGACCCUCCACUGGAAACACACACACAAGAGGGAGUGUUGCAGCCAAGAAGCGCCCAUUGUUACAACCUCUACCUUCCUCUUCCCUGAGUCUGAGCUGGUCACUGAACCGGAGGAGGAAGACACGGAGGACGCUGAAGAUGAAGAUGAAGAGAGCGUAGAUUGUCCCUCCUUAGCAGACACCCUGGCAGAGACGGACCUGGAGGAGAUGGCUAUGCAUGAGACUGAAGACAACAAAGUGCUCCAGCGGUUUAAAAAGAGGAUCGCACCAGAACCACACCAGGUUUUGCGUUACGAUCGAGGGGGCUCCCCCUUGUGGGUCUCCUCCCAGCACGUCCCUUCAGAUCAGGAUAUCCCACCAUGCACCUGCGGGGCCAAGAGGACUUUUGAGUUUCAGGUGAUGCCACAGCUGUUAAACAGUCUGUGUGUGGACUCGACAGGAGCCAGCAUCGACUGGGGGACACUGGCCGUCUACGCAUGCUCGGCCAGCUGUAACAAUGACGACCAGUACUGCCCAGAGUUCAUUUGGAAACAGGACUUCAGCUCAGAUCAACACACACAGAUAAAACCUACAUAAUAUCUGUCACACUGAUACACGUGAACGCUCAGACACAGCAGUGAGGAAACCGGUUUUCACUCCUGGAGUAACCACAUGUGCUGUGGACAGGACGUCCUGUGUGCUGAAAGAGAUCAAACUCCUUCCUCGAGACUAUCAAGGACAAUAAAGCUGUUUUUGGCGGGCAGAUAUUCACCGUAUGGAUUAAUUGUUCUAUUAAAAGUUCAGAUUGUG